AUGAAAUUCAAACAAUCGCACCUUCUUUGCCUCGCAUUUGUCCUUUGCUUUCUGUUUGAGUGUGCUUUGGCAGAUAAUUCAGCUGGUGCUCAUGUCGGCAAGCGGAAAACGCGUAACAAAAAAGUGAAAAAACACCGUAAAACAUUAAGUGACCGACCGCAGGCAGAGGAACCGCAACCAGAGGCCGAUUUGCCGGGUGCAGAUGAGUUUGACGCAUACGAUUACAACAACUACGAUGAUGUGGAUGUGGAACCAUUCAUAUAUACACAUGUGAAGACACGCAUUUAUCUUACAUCAUUUAUACAUCCCGAUGGCAAUGUAGGCGGUGCUGACGGCUUUGUUACUCAUCAGGAAGUACACACCCCAUCGGCUGGACCACGCCCACAAGCCCCUGCCAAUGUCGUCGGUGCCUUUUCAUGUCAUUUCGAAGGCAAUUGGUAUCGUGAUGGUGAUGAAUUUACGAGUGAACGCAAUGGCUGCACGAACUCUUGUACUUGCACAGAGGGCAAAGUGAUCUGUCGCGCACCUGAAAAUUGUACACCUCUUGCAGAACCAUCUGAUAAUCCAUAUGCAGGCGUCUAUACGGGUCCACGAGGUUUACCUGGUUAUCCUGGCGCUCAGGGCCGUCCUGGAGAGGGUGGCACUCCUGGUUCACCUGGUAAUCCUGGUGUGCCUGGAAAUCCCGGCCCACCUGGCCCAAUACCCGAUGUGAGUUACUAUCACCAACAGUUGGCUGCUGAGUAUGCGAAUUCAGAUAAGGGUCCAAGCUCGCCACCAUUUGUUCCUGAAUUUCAAUAUCUGCAAUCGUCGGUGGGGCCGGUUGGUGCGCGUGGUCCACCUGGUAACUCGGGUCCGGCGGGUCCACAAGGCUUUCAAGGUAUGCGCGGCGAGCCCGGUGAACCCGGAUCACAAGGUCCUCCUGGCCUAAUGGGACCUCGCGGUCUGCCUGGCCCACCUGGCAAGGAUGGUGCGCCAGGGGAGGAUGGUGAACCUGGAUUGCAAGGUGCUGCAGGCACGCCAGGACCGCGAGGCUUACCUGGGAUGUCAGGUAUUCCCGGCUUGAAGGGGCAUCAUGGUUUACCUGGUAUUGAUGGUUCAAAGGGAGAUCAAGGUGCAGCUGGCGAGAAAGGGAGCACAGGUUCAAUGGGUGCUGUUGGUCCCACUGGGCCGCAAGGUCCUGCUGGCCCGCGUGGUGAGCGCGGUCGAGAAGGGCCAUCGGGUCCACCGGGCGCUAGAGGUUUAGAUGGUAAUCCAGGAGUGGCAGGCCAGCCCGGUUCAAUAGGUAAACCUGGCCCCCCUGGUUUUCCUGGUAGCCCAGGUGCUAAAGGAGAUUGGGGGCAUCCAGGUCCAAAAGGUGAUCAAGGCCUGCAAGGCCCACGCGGUGAAGCUGGCCGCCCAGGUGCUGCUGGUGAACCCGGUAUAUCUGGACCGCCUGGUAAAGACGGUUUAAAUGGUGAUAAAGGCGCGAUGGGUGCGCCAGGAAUAGCUGGACCCCAAGGUUUUCCGGGAUCACGUGGUCCCGAUGGCUUACCUGGUAGCCCAGGAGAACCCGGCGUGAAAGGCACACCGGGCCAACCAGGCGAACGCGGUUUUAAGGGUGAUCAGGGCAUUAAAGGAGAAGCUGGCCAAGCAGGUCCACGAGGGUUACCAGGCACGGUGGGACCGGAAGGGAAACGUGGUAAACGAGGCAUGCGGGGACCUACUGGGCCAUCUGGACCAACAGGCGAAAGAGGACCACAAGGGUUGCCUGGACUUUCAGGUCCAGAUGGACCUAUUGGACCCAAAGGUACACCUGGCGAUCGCGGAAUUCAAGGUCCACCCGGAAUAAAAGGAAGCCCCGGAGAUGUGGGACAACCAGGCGUAGCAGGUGUGCAAGGCUUACGUGGUUUACCAGGUCGCAUCGGACCUCCCGGUAAAACAGGACCGGUCGGCGAGAGAGGAAUUACUGGUGCGGACGGAAAGCCUGGUGAACAAGGACCACAAGGAUUGCAAGGGUUACCCGGCCCUAUGGGAAUUCCUGGCGAUAAAGGAUUCCCCGGUGAGCCAGGUAAAAAUGGUGAACCGGGUCCCCCGGGUCCACAAGGACCUCAUGGAGAUAGCGGAAAGGAUGGUUUACCAGGGGCACAAGGUCCUCGUGGUCCUCCUGGUCAAGAUGGUGAGCGUGGAGAGCCCGGUUCGGUUGGUCCCAGAGGUUUUCAAGGUCUUCCCGGAGUUACUGGUAGUCCAGGUUCUCCAGGUAAAGAUGGAUCUGCCGGACCGCCUGGUCCACAAGGUCUAGUUGGGCCUACUGGAUUGCGUGGCGAACGUGGUUACCCGGGAGAAAGAGGUCCAGUUGGCCAGCCUGGAACCCCUGGAGAGCGGGGAGAGCCUGGUGCACCAGGACAUGAUGGACCCCCAGGAUCACCUGGAAAACCUGGUUCUAAAGGACACAUGGGAGCGCCAGGAAUGUUAGGUUUACCUGGACCAAGAGGUCAUUCCGGGUUACCAGGUGAAAAAGGCGAGCGUGGUAGUCCUGGUUCACUUGGUCCUGAGGGUCCGCCCGGCCGUCCUGGUGACCGUGGGCCACAAGGUAUUGUAGGACCUCCUGGUGCACCCGGAGAAUCAGGGGAAAGGGGCGAGCCUGGAAACCCAGGACCGCCAGGUGAGCAAGGCGCAGCCGGUGGUGCUGGCGAAAGAGGGCCCGCCGGCUUACAAGGUCCACCAGGAUUUCCAGGAGCACCAGGUUUAGCAGGACUACCUGGUGCAAAAGGUGACCGUGGAUUGAUGGGUAUUAAAGGUGAACAAGGCAACGCAGGCCCUCAUGGUCUUCCCGGAGAGCAAGGCCUACAAGGACCAGUGGGACUAAGUGGCUCCAAAGGUGCACGUGGUGAACCAGGUAUCAGAGGUGAACCUGGCCUAAGUGGCUUACCAGGCAGACCCGGCGAUCAAGGGCCUCCAGGGCAACCAGGAAGUCAAGGCUUACCAGGCGUUGCUGGCUACCCUGGAGCUAAGGGAAAUCCUGGUGAAUCUGGUCGGCCAGGAAAUCAAGGCUCACCAGGUUUGCAGGGGGCACCUGGCGCGGAAGGACAAAAAGGAGAAACCGGCAGUGAUGGACCACCUGGACCUGCAGGUAAUUCCGGGCCACCAGGAAAUGUUGGUGAGCGAGGAAUGCCAGGCCUGCCCGGUCCACCAGGAGUAGCUGGUUUGCGUGGCUUGAGAGGAGUAGCCGGUGAGCCAGGCCCACAGGGAAAACCUGGAAAAGACGGAGCACUUGGACCGCAAGGCUUGCAAGGACCUCAAGGCUUACCAGGACCAAUGGGCGAGUCUGGUCCUGAGGGGCCAGCAGGAAAGUCUGGACCGCCGGGAAUUUCUGGCCGCACUGGGGAUAAAGGACCUCAGGGACAACAAGGAAACCCUGGACCUUCAGGAAAUCCUGGUCUCCCAGGUCCACCUGGUGCUAUUGGACCAAUAGGUUUGCAAGGUGAACGUGGACUUAAAGGUGAUACAGGUCUGCCGGGUGUAGAAGGACCGCAAGGUCUACGUGGUAAACCUGGACCACCUGGCGUAGAGGGUCCCAAGGGCGAAUAUGGUGAGCCCGGACCAAAAGGUAUCAAAGGACACCGAGGUCUUAUCGGCUUGCAGGGCAUGCCUGGUCAGCAAGGUCUGAAGGGUGACGUGGGACCGUCAGGAACACCCGGGCAGCCCGGAAAACCAGGAGACACUGGUAUGCGAGGACCACAAGGACGCGACGGCAAUCCAGGACCACCAGGCCCCCCGGGUCAACCAGGGCCGCGUGGGUUCAGUGGUAACGAAGGAAAACCUGGCCCUAUAGGAGCCGCUGGUCCACCGGGACCACCAGGUCCACCUGGCGAAUCGGUCGGUUACGAUGUUGCAGCGCUCACUGCUUUACUUAGUCAAGGCCAAACGAAAGGUGUGGAAAUCCUAAGCGACCAACCAAAUCUGUUGCCUGAAGGACUCUCCGAUGAGGAAAAGGAAGCUAUGGUAAUCAAGGCCUUUGAGCACUUAAAAGCUUCUUUCGAGCGCCUGCGGCGACCCAACGGUCAACAAUCGGCGCCAGCCAAAACUUGCCGCGACCUAUUCGCUGCCUACCCUGACUACAAAUCUGGUGAAUACUGGAUCGAUCCGAAUGAAGCUGAUCCGCGCGAUGCUAUCUUAGUGUAUUGUGACCGCGAGACACGUGGCUCAUGCAUACUGCCAAAGCCACAAGAAACGCCCCAGUUAAGCUAUAAGGGCGCUGAGAAAGAAGUAUGGCUGAGUGAGAUGCCUGAUGGUAUGAAGAUCACCUACAAAACCGACUCGCAUCAGUUGGGAUUCCUGCAAUUGCUGUCCGCCAAGGCAUCACAGAAGAUUACCUUCAACUGUCGAAAUACGAUUGGCUAUUUGGAUGAGGACCAAUCGAAGGAUCGUAACGGCUUAAAGCUGUUGUCAUGGAAUGAUGCCGAGCUAACGCCAAAGGGACCGCUGCGCCUGCGCUAUGAGGCCGAAAGUGAUGAAUGCAGGCAUCGCUCCGAUUCUUGGGCUAAAACGGUGAUCACUUAUAAAACUGAGAAGCCACAGAGGCUGCCAAUAGUUGAUAUUAAAAUCAGAGAUAUUGGUGAGGCUAAUCAACAGUUCCGCAUCGAAUUGGGUCCUGUAUGUUUUUAUAAUUAAUAGCAUUGUAAUAAACUCGCUCGCUCUCUUAGCCUUAAGAUAUAAGUACUUUUAUAUUUCAUUUUAUUUUUCUAAAAUUUUUUCGUAAACUUAAGA